AUGGGCUGGUGGCCACUGCUGGAAACAGAACCUUGUAUAGGAGCCGCUGAACUGAUAGGCAAAUUUAGGAGCCAAGAUGUAGCUCAGUCAGUUACUCUAUCCACAGCCUGCUUGGAAGCUGUUGAUGAGGUGUACAGGCGUGCCCAGCAGGGCUCCCUCUGGGCCAUCCUGAUGGCAGAGUUCCUGGUGGUGGUCGGCGGCAACGGCCUGGCCCUGUAUCGCUUUAUCACUCAAGAGCAGAGGCCCUGGCACCCAGCUGUGGUCUUCUCUGCGCAGCUGGCAGUCAGCAACCUGUGCUAUGCAAUGACACUGCCGCCUCUGGCUGCCUACUUCUACCCACCCAGAAACUGGAGCUUCGGGGAGCUGGCCUGUCGCCUGGAGUGCUUUGUCUCAACCUGCAACCUGCUAGGUGGCAUCAUCUUCAUCACCUGCAUCAGCCUCAGCCGAUACAUGGUGGUCGUGCACCCCUUCUUCACACGGAGACACCUGCGACCCAAACAUGCCUGGAUUGCCAGUGUUGCCAGCUGGAUCACAGCCAUCCUGCUGGCUGCCCCCAUGCUCAGCUUCUCCCGCCUGGAACGGCCCCCACCAGGCCUUGGAAAAUGCAGCAGGGCCAAUCCUAAGGCCUGUGUCAAGUGCCUGCAGAUGGGAAGCAGGCAGUUAGAGGCCUUCAGAACCUACAGUCUGGUACUGGCAGUCCUGGGUGGCAUCGUGCCUCUGCUGCUCACACUGACGGCAUACAGUGCCCUGGGGUGGGUGGUGCUGCGCAGCCAGGGCAUGACCACAGCCCAGAAACUGCGUGUGGUAGUGCUGGUGGCCAGCGGUGUGGCUCUCUAUGCCUGCUCAUACGUGCCCUACCACAUCACAGUAGUGAUCCUUCUGAACACGUUGUUAAGCUGGCUGACUCAGUGCUCCAGCUUCCCCAAGGAGUCACAGAUUUUGAAGCCAGAGCUGGGGCCCUUCUUUGGCUAUCAGCUGACACGCACCCUUGUGGCCCUGGCCACAUGCAUACACCCCCUGCUCUACAUGGCUGUGGCACCCAGCCUGGGCUGCCACCCAUGCCACCGAAAGCCUCAGCACAAGAGCCCUCACCAAGACCAGCCUGUAGCAGGCAAAACCACACCCCAAAAGCAGCUGAGCCUACCUGAUCUACCUGAAGCCUCCUUGCCACAAACUGGGUUGUGACAGCAGCUCUGAGA